GCCAUGAAGGCGUCCCUGUGCCUGUGCCUCACCCUGGCCCUCGCGGUGGCCCCCAGCCUGUGCCGGCCCCCAGCGGCCUCGGGGGACCCCCAGGAGCCCCCCCCGAGCCUGGCCCGCCGGGAAUGGCCCCAGCAGCUGUCCCAGGAGCAGCAGCACCUCCUGUCCCAGUUCCUGCCCCACAUCCUCACAGAGCUGAACAAGCACAAGGCCUUUGUGCAUGAGGACGAGGGGCUGGAGGCUCUGCACGACCACUUCUACCCCGACUGGAUGGACUUUGGCCGCCGCAGCGCUGAGGAUGAGGAUGGUGCUGUGUAGCUGCUGG